AUGGCUACCACGACAUCCCCCGAAAAGAAGCCCCCGAUAACCUGCCACAUUCUCGACACGACGCGCGGGCGGCCCGCCUCCUCAAUCCCCACAACCCUCACCCUCCACAACCCACCCCCCACCAUCUCCAGCGUCCCCCUAACCUUCACCUCGACCACCAAUUCCGACGGCCGCGUCACAUCCUGGACGCCCACCGCCGCCGCCUUCUCUUCCUCCUCCUCGCCGUCGUCGUCCCUGGACGCCGUGUUCGCAGCCGCAGCGGCGGACCAGCAGUACAGUCUGACGUUCGACACGCGGGCGUACUGGAAGGAGAACGGGGUCGAGGAGAGCUUUUACGACGAUGUGGUUGUGAGGUUCGUGGUUAGGAGGGCGAUGGCGGAACGGAAGGAGCAUUUUCAUGUCCCCGUGCUGUUGGGGCCGUUUGGGUAUACGACGUAUAGGGGGUCGUGA